UUGCAGCCCCUCACUUUCUCAGCGCUACGACAGAGGGAACCAAUAUUUCUGCUCCUGUUGUAGCUCGAGCUCGUUCCGAACUGCGUUCUGGACUUGGACGGCAUUGGGACCGGGCGGCGCCUGACCAUGACUGACAGAACUUCCUGACGCGUCCCGCCGCUAGAUGUUCACCCUGCAGACUGACUCCUCGGUGGCUGUGCCAGCUCCGUGCCCAUCGCUCCCCAUGGACCUGCGAGUAGGAGAGCGGGUGAUGCGUCCCAGUUCAGACACAGCGCUGCUGACCCCGCUGCACCCCCCGCUCCUCCUCGCCCCCUUCUCCCCGCAGCCCUGCACCCCCUUUUCCCAGCAGCAGCUCCACCAGCACAUCCGGUUUAACAUGGAACAGAGGAGGCGAGAGCAGGAGCAGCAGGAGAAACAGCAGGAGCUGCAGCAGCUGAAACACAAGGACAAGAGUCAACAGAGUGCAGUGGCCAGUUCCCUCGUGAAACAGAAACUCCAGGAAGUGAUUCUUAAAAAGCAAAAGCAGGCGGCCCUGGAGAGAACAAACUCCAACCCCCUGACUAGUCCUGUAGCAUACAGAGAGCUGGCUCCAGAUCCCAGCAUUCCCUCCCAGCCUCUGGUCUCCUCCCCCCUGCACCCCCCCAGCGAGGGCUCGGACGAGACUCCCCUGCGAAGGGCAGCGUCAGAACCCAACCUGAAGGUGAAACACAAACUGAAGAAACACCUGAACACCCGCAAGAGCCCGCUCACCCGCAAAGAGAGCGCCCCGCCCACCGUCAGACACAGAGUACCUGACACAUUGGACUCAUCCCCGAGCAGCAGUAGUACUCCAGUCUCUGGAUGUAGUUCCCCAAAUGACAGUCUGCCCAACGACAAUGGGCUACUGCCAUCUGCUGGAGGCCUCUCACAUGAGGCUCAGCGGCUGCUGCUUCAAGAUGGCUCUCUAUCUAACUUCACUGUCCAUAGUCCAUCCACUCUGCCCACCAUCACCCUCGGACUGCCUGCCAAUGCCAGGGUUGAUGGAGACCUGUCCUCUCUGAAGGUGGGCAGGGUACCGGUGGUGACGGCCGGUGGCUCCCCGGUGUUUCUUCCCCUGGGCAGGGAGGAGCAGGCUGGGCAGCUGUCCCCUCACCUUCAACCUGUCAUCAUCCUGGAGCCCUCUGCACUGGUGCACACCCCACUACUCGCUGUUCCGGGCCUUGGCCCCGUACCACUGCAGUUUGCCCCUCAGUUAGACCGCCUGGCCCCGGGAGGCAGCCAACCCCACAAGCCCCUGAGCAGAACGCGCUCAGAGCCCCUACCCCAGAGCCCGCGGCCCCUGCACACACACCUGCUUCAGCAGCAGCACAAUGCACAACUACUGGAGAGGCUCAAACAGCAGACUCAGCUGGGCAAACUGAUGUCUAAAUCCAGCGAGAAACCCAGACUACGUCAGAUCCCCUCUGAGGAGAUGGACUCAGAGGAUGGGGGUGAGACGUCUCCCGCUGAACACUCUUAUCAGAGCAGGCCGAGGGCGGAGUCACUCAGAGAGAUGGAGGCAACCACAGCCGAGAGCCAGGGAGAGCAGAUUAACCUUCAACACGCACUCAUCCUCAACCAGUCAUUGCUAUGGGAACAGCAAAAGCAGCUGCAGCAGCUUCGUCGUCAGACGGCCCAAAUGGAGACCCUGGCGGUUCCCAUGAUACUCAGCGGCGGCGGCGUGAGCAGUGCGGCGGUGGCCCAUCGCCCCCUGUCUCGCACCCAGUCCUCCCCGGCAUCUACCUCUCUCGGCCUGUCUGAUAAACCCCUGACCCUGGCUGCGCAAGACACCACUAGCAAGCCGCGCUUCACAACUGGCUUGGUGUAUGACUCUCACAUGCUCAAGCACCAAUGUACAUGUGGAGACAAUAGCAGUCACCCAGAGCAUGCUGGGAGGAUUCAGAGCAUUUGGUCACGGCUACAGGAGAGAGGCCUGAGGGGACAGUGCGAGAGUAUCCGUGGGAGGAAGGCCACGUUGGAGGAGCUGCAGUCCGUCCACACGGAACGCCACGUCCUGCUCUACGGCACCAACCCGCUCAACAGACUCAAACUGGACAACCGCAAGUUAGCCGGAAUCCUCUCGCAAAGGAUGUUCGUGAUGCUGCCAUGUGGGGGUGUAGGGGUCGACAACGACACCAUCUGGAACGAGUCUCACACCUCCACGGCGUCCCGCAUGGCGGCCGGCAGUGUCACCGAGUUGGCGUUCAGAGUGGCCAAGGGGGAGUUGAAGAACGGCUUCGCUGUAGUCCGACCGCCGGGGCACCAUGCGGACCCGUCCAACCCCAUGGGUUUCUGUUAUUUCAACUCGGUGGCCAUAGCAGCCAAGCAGCUCCAGCAGAAGCUCAGUGCCAGUAAGAUCCUGAUCGUGGACUGGGAUGUUCACCAUGGUAACGGCACCCAGGAAGUGUUCUAUAGCGACCCCAGCGUUCUCUACAUCUCUCUGCAUCGCUACGACGAUGGGAAUUUCUUCCCUGGUAGUGGCUCCCCGGCUGAGGCCGGUUCUGGAGCCGGUGAGGGCUUCAACGUCAACGUAGCAUGGACAGGAGGUCUGGACCCCCCCAUGGGAGACGCUGAGUACCUGGCUGCUUUCAGGACGGUGGUGAUGCCCAUAGCGCAGGAGUUCUCGCCCGACGUAGUUUUGGUGUCAGCUGGAUUUGAUGCUGCUGAGGGCCACCCAGCUCCUCUGGGAGGCUACAAAGUCUCUGCCAGAUGUUUCGGGUUCCUGACCCGCCAGCUAAUGUCGCUAGCCGGGGGUCGGCUGGUGUUGGCCCUGGAGGGUGGGCAUGACCUCACGGCCAUCUGUGAUGCCUCAGAAGCCUGCGUCAGUGCCUUGCUUGGCAUACAGGAGCCACUGCCAGAGGAGGUGCUGCUCCAGGAGCCCAACGCCAACGGAGUCCGCUCCCUGCAGACCGUCAUACAGAUACAAAGUCAGUAUUGGCAGACUGUGAAGGCCUACGGUAGCUCAGUAGGUCUCUCCUAUCUGGAUGCUCAAAGCAGAGAAUGUGAGGAGACGGAUGCUGUCAAUGCCUUAGCCUCACUCUCAGUAGGAGUCCUUACCAGCAAGAGCAUUCCUGAUGAACCAAUGGAACAUGAUGAAGACUCUAUGUAGAAAUCUCUCGAAUCACCUCACAGAAGCCGCCUUCAGGAAGUUGACCUCACCAAAUAAGCCUUGGAGCUCCUGCGCUGUUACACGUCUACAGAGGGGGAAGGAUCGCUGUUGUAAUGCCACUGAGCCCUGCCCAUCUGUCUUAUUUCACACACAGAAACACACACACACACACACACAUACACAAAAUCAACACUGAACCUCUGUAAACUAGCCAUAUGAGCACUCAAAUGCUGUUAGCCAUCCAGCUGAACCCAGCGACCCCACAUCGGUCAGCCUUCUGGACUCUUCACCAAAGAGUAACACUACUGUGUUUGUGGGUGACAAAGACGGGUUUAGAGAGGAAUGGAUUGUUCCUGAUCGACCAGCUGUUCCACGGACAGUGUGUGUCCUGAUGAAUUCCAAUACCAGGAUCACAUGACCACUUUUUCAAGCCUUAUUGGAACAGACAGAACUCUGGUCACGAUACUAAAAUCCUGGUCAUAUCUGACGGACUGUAAGAGGGUCUUAAAGCACUAUUAACUCGCAGCAAUUUUGUUUUUUUGCCUUACCUUUGCCUUAACUUAACCAAGGACAGACUUGAGGAUUCUGUACCAUUUUCCUCCCCAAACCAAGUUUAAACCAAACGCUGACCCCCAAAGGGACACCCAACGCCUUCUGAAAAAAAAAAGGCUCCGCUUGAGAGUCGAGUGACAGCAAGUUGAAGCAUAGACCCAAGUCAGACAGGAUGGGGGGAAAUGGCUGUACUGUAUAUGAACUUGUGGGCAGGCACAAAAGAGAAGAAGAAAAAAAAAAGCACAGAAGAUGAAAGAGAUGGAUGUCGGAGACAGAGAGAGACUGUCUUGGAGACUGACUCGGUGACUCAGUCUGUUUUAAUGAUGUCAUAACAUACAGUUUAACCACUAGAAGACAACAAAGAAGACAACAGGAGGAAAAAAAGGAAAUGAAGAUGCAAAAUGGACAACUGUGGUUUGAAGAAGAAGAAGAAGAAAAAAAAGGAAAGAGCAAAUGUCUUUUCUGUUUUAUUGCACUGUGCAUUCCAUAAUGUGAACCAUAAGAAAUUUCCAAAGCUCUGGGAAAAAAAAACAAAAAACAAAACACACAAACAAGUCUCUUUAGGUUAUUUAAUUAUGUCUUUGGGGAUUUGGAUGGAUGUCUAACUCUUUAAUUCCACUCGUUCUAAAAACGUCUCGUCAAGCCUUUGACUCGCUCUGAGGACACAUGUCGACCAAAAUACUGUUCUGAGUUGUGUUUGCUGAUAUGAUUCGGAAAGCAUGCCAGAUGUUAAAAAGCAGGAUUUUCCUUUCCGGCUGCUGCUCGAAAGAAUUGUCUUAGACGUACACACACUCGCUCAUGCAUGCAUGCACACACAUAUACACACACACUUUCUCAACACGCAAAAAAUGACCUAAUGAUGUACCACUGGUAUCGAAUGUGUAAUUGUUAAUGUUGGAUGUCGGAUGUGAUCCCUGCCACCGUGCCACCAAGGACCAGCGCUGUGUUCUGUGGUAGCAAUAACCCAAAUGCACUUAAUGGACGUCCACAUAGAGCUGCCUUAAGUUUGUCUGCACUCAGCGGUGGGAGUGAAUAUAAAUACCAGUCUUACAAUGACCAGUAGUAGUUCAGUGGUUCCCCAACACUACUCCUCGGGGUUCUCGUCCUCCUCCUGGUUUUCUCUUCCGCCAGGCGUCCAGCUAUCUAACGAGGGGGUUAAUUACAAUGUGACGAACUUAAAACGCCCGGCAGAAUGGCAAACCGCAUGGUGCGCCGGAGUUUAGAGCCGCCUCCUUGGCAUACCGGCAUUUGAACCUGUGGAUUUAGGCUGGCGUUAAACAGUCGGACUACUUCUCGUCUUUUAACAUAAAGUUUAAGGAUCAAGUCCUUGACUUUCACGUGAAUGCCGUUCCCUGAAGGUUCACCAGACUCAUCCUCUAGAAACAAAACAUCUCCUUGGACACGGCGGCUCUUCUUCACGUCUUGUUGUAAAGUGGAUCAGUGUGUGCCUCUCUCCGUUCCUUGUGUCUGGUGAAAUUUUACUGUCAUUACUGCAGCCAGUCAAAUCAGACACCCUUUCCUGACUCGUUAUCAGUGAGAAAAGUAGCACAUGCUAAGUUAUGCAUCGCUAGCGGGCCCUUAGAAGGCCCAAAGCAUGAUGUGGUCUGCACCAGCCACUCCUGUUAGCUGAUAUCAUGAAGGAGCGAUGACAUAGAUCCAUCCGGGCCAAACUCAUUUGUAGUGCAGCCAACACAGACUGAGAUUCAGGAGGAUUAAGUGACAUUUCAUCCUUUGCUCUACUGAAAUUUUAAUGUAGACUGCUGGUCGAAAGGAGCCAGUUGAGGUGGUUCGGGCAUCUGAUUAGGAUGCCUCUUGGGCGCCUUCCUUUGGAGGUUUUCUGGGCACGUCCACGGGGGAGGAGACCCCAGGGUAGACCCAGAACUCGCCAGAGGGACUACGUGUCCAAUCUGGCAUGGGAACACCUUGGGACCCCCCCCCCCCCCCCCAGGAGGAGCUGGAGGGCGUUGCUGGGGAGAGGGACAUCUGGAGGGCCCUACUUAGCUUGCUGCCACCGUGACCCGACCCCGGAGAAGCGGCUAAUGAUGAGAUGGGAUGAGCUGGGGUUGUACUAGGUGGCUAUUUAUAGUGCUGCAUCCCCUUCUCUUUUUAUAGAUAUGGCCUUGUUUGGACAAAGUCGAUAAACUUCUUUUCAAUCCCAACAAUCCAUUGCUGAAUUUAAAAGCUGACGUCUUGUUCACCUUUGGAGGCACACAUCUGAUUCUACAGCCAGGAAAAAUAUUCGUUAUUUUGCACAAGGAGAAAUCUGAUUUUGUCUUCCUGUAUAAACGCAGUCAAGUCAUGGAUAAAAAACCAACUCGCCGGUUUUUGGAUAUUUUGAGUGUCAGUUGGCCCAUCGAGCUGCAAAUGAUUUUGACGCGGCCUGAGGAAGCAUUGUCAGUUGACCCUGCAUGUACCAAACUGAUUGUGUCUUUAGCGGUGCAGUAAGUUUAUCGUUGUCGAGACUCUGGGCAUUGUCUGCUCAUCAGAAGCCAGCGGAGAGCUUGUAUAUUAAAACAACAGGACCUUAGAAACUAAAGCAAUAGGAGUAAAGCUGUGGCCAUUGCAGAAGCAGCACAACUAGUGUUUUGCCGGGCAGAUGUUGCACAGUUGCCCCUUCCCCCCAGGGUGAAUUAUCUAGAAGAUCCCGUUGCAUCAGGGGAGGUGGGUGCUCUGUAAUGGCCAGCAAGGUGUUACCCUUCCAUCCAUGGUAUUCUUUUUGAAUUGAUGUCAAUUUAAUAGUGUACUAUGUCUAUCCUUACACAACGCACCCAGUAGGUGCACGCUAUCUCUGAAGUAAUUUUUGUAGAAUGUUUGUAUGUGUAUGUACAAGAGAGACUGAGACAAGUUGUAUUUUCAUUGCAUGUACGUACACACACACACAUAUAUAUGUACUCCUGUGUUAGUGUGUCUUAGGACGUGCAUUCCCAGGAAUUGGCGUGUGUGUGUCUGUUUGUACGGGGACUCGCCUGUCAGAUACUGUAAAUGACCUUUCUUGUAUUAUAUUCCCAAUGGCCUUUUUGUCUUAGAGGCCAGUUAUGCCUCAGCUCUUAAUUCCCUUUUGUCAAUACUGUCAUUUGUAUGUUUCUUCGUUAAAACCCCCCAACAGAAAACACUGUAAAUAGAAACUCGAUGACCAAAAUACACAUGUCACACAUGUGCCUUAAUGCAUUCAGUUGUAUGUGUAUUGGUAACUUCACUAACUGGACUUACUCUAUUACUAAAACAUGACAUUGAAUUCUUUGUUCUCUACUAUUCUGGUAUUGUUUACCUGUGUUUUUUCACCUUAUAUUUCCUACCAUGCAUAUGUAUAGAAAGAUUGUCUAUUUUGUACCGUUAUAUUUUUUGUCCUUUCUCUGAAUUAAGAAGUAAAGUUUUCCAA